UUUGCGAACGGCCACGUGCGGAGGCUUCCCACCGGCUGGCUGGAGGCCGGGCCGCUUCAGCUGUUCCCCAGGCUCCGGAGCCGGCUCUGCCGCGGCCCGAUCCCCGCGCACGGGCCGGCGCGAGCCGCAGCCGCCUCCCGCCCCCGAGCCAGUGCCGCUCCCGCAGCCAAUAGCGGGGAUGCUGCAGGAGGAGCAGCCGCGGCUCCCAUCUCCGCCCCGGGGGUCUGCCGGCGGCCCGGACCCUCCCACUGCCGCUAAGCUCAUAAAGCCCCCGCCCGCCCUGGGGCGGCCCUUUGCCUAUUGCCCUGAGCGGAGGAGGAGACGGGCGGCCCAUUGCUGCAGCGGGUGGAGGCGGAGAGCUCGCGAGGGGGGCUUCGGUGCCCGCUCCCCCCACUCAGCCCCUCCCCGGCAGCGCCCCCUUCUCCGCGGCGCCCGGCGCCUCCCGUGGCGCGGGGGGGCGUGACCGGCUGCGGCGGGGCAAACGGGAGCUGCUGGCGGCGCGUCCCACUGGAGGGGCGAAGAUGGCGCUGAACGGCAGCAGGCAGCCCCCCAGCCUCCUCUUCCUGCUGGCUCUGGUUCUCCCGCUAGCGCCGCCAAGCCGGGCAGCGGACACAGCGCUGCCCCCCAUCCCCGCAGAUAAACUAUUAGUUCUAACUGUUGCAACUAAAGAAACAGAUGGCUUUCACCGCUUCAUGCAAACUGCAAAGCACUUCAACUAUACAGUGAAGGUUCUUGGUAAAGGUGAAGAGUGGAAAGGUGGGAAGUUAAUUAACUCUAUUGGAGGAGGACAGAAAGUGCGAUUGCUGAAAGAAGGAAUAGACAGCUAUGCUGAUCAAGAGGACUUGAUUGUAAUGUUUAUUGAAUGCUAUGAUGUUAUCUUUGCGGGUGGCCCUGAAGAGAUGCUAAAGAAGUUCCAGCAAGCUAAUCAUAAAGUAGUAUUUGCAGCAGAUGGACUAAUAUGGCCCGAUAAAAGAUUAGCAGAGAAGUAUCCUGUUGUCCGGAGUGGAAAACGAUUCCUUAAUUCAGGAGGAUUUAUUGGUUAUGCUCCAUAUAUAAACCAAAUGGUACAGCAAUGGAACCUGCAAGAUAAUGAUGAUGACCAGCUGUUUUAUACCAAAAUCUAUAUUGACCCACUGCAGAGGGCACGUAUUAACAUUACUUUGGACCACAAGUGCAGAAUUUUCCAGACCCUGAAUGGAGCUGUUGAUGAAGUUCUUCUAAAAUUUGAAGAAGGAAGAGUAAGAGCAAAGAAUUCAGUGUAUGAGACGCUGCCCAUCACUCUGCAUGGAAAUGGCCCCACUAAAAUUCACCUCAGUUACUUUGGAAAUUAUAUCCCUAAUGCUUGGACACGUGAAACUGGAUGUGGUGUUUGUGAUUUAGAUUUACUAGACCUAUCAAUGGUUAAAGAAUAUCCAAGGGUUACAAUUGCUGUUUUCAUUGAACAACCAACUCCUUUCCUACCUAAAUUUUUAGACAGACUGUUGACUCUGGAUUACCCAAAGGAACCACUUAGUAUCUUCAUUCAUAAUAAUGAGGUUUAUCACGAAAAGCACAUCAAGAAAUUUUGGGAGAAAGCCAAGAAGGCUAUCAGAAGUAUAAAAAUUGUUGGACCUGAGGAGAACCUGAGUCAAGCAGAAGCCAGGAACAUGGGAAUGGACAUUUGUCGCCAGAAUAAAGCAUGUGACUAUUACUUCAGCAUAGAUGCGGAUGUUGUGCUGACAAACCCGAAGACUUUAAGACUUCUGAUAGAGCAGAACAGGAAGAUAAUUGCUCCACUUGUAACUCGCCAUGGGAAGCUAUGGUCCAACUUUUGGGGUGCUUUGAGCCCUGAUGGCUAUUAUGCUCGCUCAGAAGAUUAUGUGGAUAUUGUCCAAGGGAACAGAGUAGGAGUCUGGAAUAUCCCUUAUAUGGCUAAUAUAUACUUAAUUAAAGGACAGACUCUCAGAUCAGAGAUGAGAGAGAGAAACUAUUUCGUUCGUGAUAAGUUGGAUCCUGAUAUGGCACUCUGCAGGAAUGCCAGGGAAAUGAGUUUACAAAGGGAAAAAGGCUCCCCUUCUUCGGAAACAUUCCAUAUGCUCAGACCCCCAAAGGGUGUCUUUAUGUACAUUACCAACAGACAUGAAUUUGGGAGACUUAUUUCAACUGCCAACUACAAUACCUCCCACUACAACAAUGAUCUCUGGCAGAUUUUUGAAAAUCCUGUGGACUGGAAGGAAACCUAUAUAAAUCCCAACUACUCAAAGAUCUUCACUGAAAAUCUAGUGGAACAGCCAUGCCCAGAUGUGUAUUGGUUUCCCAUAUUUUCGGAGACUGCCUGUGAUGAACUGGUAGAGGAAAUGGAACAUUAUGGACAGUGGUCUGGAGGAAAACAUCGUGAUAGUCGUAUAUCUGGAGGUUAUGAAAAUGUCCCAACUGAUGAUAUUCACAUGAAGCAAAUCGGGCUGGAUGGUGAAUGGCUACAUUUCAUUAGAGAGUUCAUUGCACCAGUAACACUAAAAGUCUUUGCUGGCUAUUAUACAAAGGGAUAUGCCAUGCUGAAUUUUGUUGUAAAAUACACUACGGACAGACAGCGUUCCCUCAGACCUCAUCAUGACUCUUCUACGUUUACCAUCAACAUUGCUCUCAACAAAGGAGGAGAAGAUUUUCAGGGAGGUGGAUGUAAAUUUAUUAGAUACAACUGUUCCAUUGAGUCACCCAGGAAAGGAUGGAGCUUCAUGCAUCCAGGAAGACUUACUCAUUUACACGAAGGACUUCCCAUUUUAAAUGGAACAAGAUACAUUGCAGUAUCAUUUAUUGAUCCCUAACUUUAUUUUCCUGCCUCUUCAAAACCAGUGGUUGGUUCUUUAUGACAUAAACUCUUAUUUAUAGUUUUCCUCCCAGAAGAUGGUGAUAAAAGAAACUUUAAAUUACUUCCUCUAGACAGCAGAUUUACUUUGAGCUAAAAGAUUGAAAAAACAACUUUAAAAAAUGUUGGACACUUCCAAAUGUCUGCUCUGAGCCUUACGUCAGAAAGUAAAAAUGCCCUGUUUAUUUUUGUACGCUGCUGUCUUGAAAGGUGGGGCGGGGAGGGAAAACAGAAAUGCAUUUUAAAAUGAAUAUUUUUUUUCUGUUAUGAAAAAUUCCCAGAUACAAAAUUAUCUCCAAAUCUUUUCUUGUGGUUUUCAUUCAGUAAAAUGAUGCAGAUGAAGUUGUGUGUUGUGCAUAUUUUAUAACUACCAAUAGAAGAACCACAUACAGAAUUAGCAUCAAGUGAAUCCCAUAGCCUAGCAGAAUUGCACACAAAUUUUGGCUUUAAGCAAAAGCAUAUUUUGUGUGCUGAUGUGCACUUUGGCAAUACCCCAGUAAAACUUUUAAAAAUACUCAGUUUAUAUUAAAUAUCAACAUCUAUAUCCUCCUAAAGAAAAUAUGCAUUGCAAAGUUUGAGGAAUAGAUUGAAUACGUUAAUUUUUUUUUUUUAAAUGGCUUUAUCAAGAACUGCAAGUAUGUGUUUUAAAGAAGAACUUGUCCCAUUAAGGUUACUUCUCUUUACCAAGUGUUCUUCAAUUAAAAUGAGCUAUUUUUGUAAUGUAUAGUUGCACCAGGUUGAUACUGGAAAUUUAAAUUCUAUUUUCAGAACACUGCUAAAUUUUAAUAUCAGGAUGUUUUGUAAACACAAUUUUCUGUUUAAAAUUACUUGAAUUUUGUAUCAGGAAAAUGAAAUUGGUGAAGUCUUUCUUUUAAACCUAAGAGGUUUGACUUACCAUUUAUUUUAAAGGAAUCAGUUUUAAAUAUUCCUACUGUAUCUACUGUUUGUAAUUUAAAGAAACUUGAAGCAAACUCUAAACCAAGGAACCUAAGGUGCCGGAGUGCACAAUGUGUUUAAAAUCUUGUGAAAAAUAAAAGGUAAUUUUAAAUUAAUGUAACAGUUUUUGUUUGUCUUAGUGAAGAUGGCAAUAUAUCCCAAACUGUUAUCUUUAAAAUGUAGUGUAUUUAACAAUUUUAAAAGGAACUAUUGUGUAUCAUGGUGAGCAUGAUCAACUUUAUGUUGGCAAAAGUUUUUUUUUAAAUAUUCUGAGUAGUCACCACUAGCUACUUGUUGCUCUUGAAUGAUGUCUGUCAUUAAUUGGUGUCUCAGUCAUUAUCAAGAUGGGCAAAGUUUUAAGAGCUUCAGCAGCAGUGUGUGUGUCUGCUGCCUGUUGUAAUAAUCCUUUUUGGCAAGCAGGGUAUUGUAGUGAUCUAAGCAGCAACCUUUCCCCCACUAUCCUGACUGAUGCUAUGUUGAAGGGAAUUCACCACCAGUACUGUAUGUCGGUCGGAGUGGUUUUAAGACCAGUUUGUUUUCUCUGAGUUGUCAUUUCCCGUAUUUAUAUUCUUAACUUCUCUCCAUUUCAAGUAGAUGCUUACAGAUUUCAGAAAUGCACCAGCACAUUGAGUUUCCUGACAUCAGUAAAUUCCAAUUUUGCAGAUACCUUUGCCUGAGUGAGCUGCUUUGACUGGGUGUAGGCUGCACUUAAGCAAAGGAUAAAAUUCAGAAAAUCAUCAGGACUCUACGGCAUGAAAGCUGCCUUUGUUAAUUACCUUUUUUCUGAGUGUUUGCCUAUGGUCUGUUAGGAUGGCAUGGAAAACAGACUGGGUCAGUUUAAUAUAGGUCAGUGUAAUAAAGCUUUCUUUAUAAAGAGAUACUUGAAAACAGGACACGGGAGGAGAUUUUUGGAGCUCAUUCUGCAUAAUUUUUGCUUCUACAUUCUAGAGUUUGUUUUUCACUGAUUUACUCUGUUUUGAUUUAUUUGUUUUGAAGACAUGGAUCAUUAAACUUCUAGAUUUUCAUUCAU